UGAUGGGCUUGGCCAUGAAGCUCCCUACGAUAGCCGCCGUGGUCCUCUGUUUUACAGCAGUCGCCGCCGAGAACCUCAAGACUUUCACCCUGACGCACGGGCCAUUCAAUUCGAGCAAUUCUGAUAUAUUCCAGUUCGAGGGCGCUGCUGGCUUUUUCGACAACUCACUCCAAAUAACCCAGGUCUUUUUCAGCAACAGUGAUACGCUGAACCUUCAAAAUUCCGUGGUCGCCCUGCCAGCGAAUCAAGCCGGACGAGUGAUGCUGAACCAAUCAUUCAAGUUGUGGGAACAAGGUUACAACAAAACCUCGGACAGGAUUGCCUCGUUCAACUCCUCCUUCCUCUUUAACAUCGACCCGUUUAGUGGUAGCGCUAUGGGCGAAGGACUGGCCUUCAUCAUAGCCCCGAACAUGUCCCUUCCGUCAAACAGUUCAGGCCAAUAUCUGGGCCUGACCAACAUUGACACCGACGGCCACCCUGACAACCAAUUGUUCGCCAUCGAGCUCGACAACGUCAAGCAGGAUUUUGAUCCGGAUGCUAACCACGUGGGACUUAAUAUAAACAGCAUCAUAUCUAAUGUUACUACCCCUUUGACCCCAUGGGGAAUUGAAAUUGCUUCAACUAACGAGUACAGCUGGUAUUACAAUGUGUGGGUCCAGUACGACGGGAUCAAUAAGGUCAUUGAGGUGUACAUUGCACAACAAGCCGAGCCUAAUGGGGAGACGCCCUCGCGACCCAGUACGCCAGUCUUGAAAUCGAAUCUUGAUUUGGACGCGGUUUUGAAUCAGUACUCAUACUUUGGUUUCUCGGGAUCGACCGGAUCUGGUUCGCAGUUGAACGGUAUCUUUAGGUGGAACUUGACGGUGGACUCCUAUCAGGAGGAUGUUAUCAUUCCGCAGGAUUUGGCUCCCGCUCCGGCUCCGGCUCCGGCUCCCGCUCCCGCUCCCGCUCUCGCUCUCGCUUCCGCUCCCGCUCUGGAGGACAAACAUCCUUCAUUGGAAAGGACUCUCCUUAUAGUUGGGGUUGGUGUUCCACUGCUUGUGAUGGGGGCCGCACUAACGGGGUAUUGUAACCUAUGCAAGAAGCGAUCAGUGGUACAUUUUGAGUCCAAAAUCUUACUAGGGGCCUUGAAGAGAUUGCCAGGAACUCCAAGGGAGUUCCAAUUCAAGGAUCUGAAGAAGGCGACCAACAACUUUGACGAGAAUAACAAGUUGGGUCAGGGUGGUUUUGGGGUAGUGUACCGAGGCCAUCUACAGAAUGAAAAUCUGGAGGUGGCCGUCAAGAGGUUUUCCAGGGAAACUGUAAAGGGUCAGGAUGACUUCUUGGCAGAGCUCACCAUCAUCAAUCGUCUCCGACACAAACACCUUGUCCAACUGCUUGGAUGGUGUCACAAGGAAGGAGAGCUACUACUUGUAUAUGACUACAUGCCUAACGGUAGUCUCGACACACACUUAUUCACUAGAACACCAGACAGGAAGCCACUAAGCUGGGAUUUGCGUUACAAGAUCAUCUUAGGGGUGGCCUCGGCCUUGCACUAUCUACACAACGAGUACGACCAGAGGGUGGUCCACCGGGACAUCAAGGCAAGCAAUAUCAUGCUGGACAACGACUUCAUCACCAAACUUGGGGAUUUUGGCCUCGCCCGUGCUCUGGACAAGGAGAAGACCUCGUAUACGGAGGCCGAGGGCGUGGCAGGUACAUUGGGCUACAUUGCACCUGAAUGCUUCCACACAGGCAAAGCCACCCAACAGUCUGACAUCUACGCGUUCGGUGUAUUCUUGUUGGAAAUAGUUUGUGGCUUGCAACCUGGAACAAAAAUCGAUGAGUUCAACUUCUUGGUUGACUGGGUCUGGUCUUUGCACCGUGAGGGCCGGAUAUUAGAUGCUGUAGAAGAGCGGCUCGAAGAUGAGUAUGUUGUUGAGGAAGCUCAGAAAAUGCUGAUUUUGGCUUUGGCAUGUUCUCAACCGAUGGCAAACGAAAGACCAAAAACUCAAAGAAUAGUUCAAAUCAUAUCCGGUUUAGCUCCAGUGCCCCAUGUGCCACCAUUUAAACCCGCCUUCGUAUGGCCGUCGAUGCCCUCCGUGGAAGAAGAGGAUAUCAUCAGCUCGGCCAAGCACCCGAUGGAGACAAGGUCCUUUCGGACGACCCAUUUGGUAUUAGGCUUUACCCCGGAAUGCAUCAGCCGAGAGCUCUAUGCCAAUGAUAAAUUCAAGACUGUGUAGUUUCUUUCGUCACAAUACCAAGUAUUUUCUCUUCAAAUUUCAACAAUGUUAUAAGAUCAUAAGUGAGUACUGUAGUCUUGUUAUCAUCUUCGAUCGAGAUCUUUUUAAUUAGGUGAUACGUUUUUUUAUUGUAAAAUUACGUGUAUUUUCUUAAAGGACUACAAUUUAGGAAAA